GGUUUGAACACGUCAGACCAUACAACCACCCACCUGGAGAAUGGACCAAUAGCAAUGCUGUGUUUUGAGUUUCUGUGUUUUGAGUUGUCAGACAAGCGAUGUAGUUCAGUGGAUGUUGUCAGUGGAUUUAUGUGAAUAGUUGGCAUUUGUUAUCUUGAUGCCCAUGGGUUUCCUUUCGAUGGUAAAACGAACUAGCGUUAUAGCAUGCAUCACGUUAUCAUUUAUCGUAGUAGCAGCGGAAGACGACAGUGUACCGAAGCUUCCUUACUGCAACCCCGAGGACAGUGCAAAAUCUUAUGACAAGUUAGUAUAUGUAAGCACACUAGAUGGCUCGUUAUCAGCCCUUAAUUUGGAAGACGGCUUUUUGGCCUGGAGCAUUGAAACUGGGCCUGGACCAAUGCUUUCAUCUAGCAUCCAUAGACGAGAGCUAUCAAAUAAUGGACACUGGGUGAGAAUGAUUCCAUCAUUAAGUGGUGGUCUGUAUAAAUUUAAUGGUGAAAGUAUUGAAGCAGUACCAAUAACAGCUGACAACUUGCUCCAAUCUUCUUCAUUCAUUUUUUCAGAUGAUCUGCUAAUUGCAGGUGGAAAGGAAAGUAGAACAUACGGUGUUGAAGUGAAAACUGGGAAGCUGUUGUAUGAGUGUUCAAUGAAAGGAUGCACAAAUUAUACUAAGGAGAACUCUUACAGCCAAGAUGUUAUUGUUGUACAACGUCAGACACAGACGGUCAGGGCUGUGGAAGCUCGUUCGGGUGAGGAGCGUUGGAAUUUUAGUGUUGGUCAGCAUGACAUAAAAUACAUGAAAGAAAAUGGUGGCGAUUGUGGAGGUGCUGCUAGUGUAGACGUCACACUGCCUUUUGAACUAAAGAUCAUUGUACCAAGUGGUUUCAUAUGUGCUGUGAGCAAAGAAAAGCCAGAGAAAAUUAUUUGGAAACAUAAGUUUGAUUCACCAAUUGUUACUGCAUGGCUUAUGAGAGAUGGGAAAGCAGAAGCACUAGAUCUUUUCAGUGGAAGUCAAUGGUCGUCGCCAUAUCGAGAUUCUGGUGGAGUAGUGUCACCUUCAUUGUAUCUUGGAAUGCACAAAAUGCAGCUUUAUGUGCAGGAGAGUGUGACAGUCCAAAAGAAAUACAGUGAGAUUGGAAAUUUCAUUGCUGAGGACUCAGACUAUCCCCGUAUCCCAUGGAAUCCUAUACCAGCCACUGGAGCCCUUUUAGGUGUAGAAGAUUCACAUUCGAAAGAGGAAACUGCUUUACAGCCACUAGAUGCUUCUGCCACAGCUCUUUCAGUGCUGUAUGGUACAGAAUAUGUCAAUGGAAAUGGCUAUUACCUGUUCUCUGAGGAAGAGACAACGAGGACUCAGAGUAUGCAAUGCAGUGUGUCUGGGAAAGAUAACAGCACAAUUGUUGCCAAGGACAUUGAAGUUCAUGAAGAAACUCCUGUGCAAGUUAUUAUAGUUUCUCUUUGGUAUUGGUGGAAAGAAGUUACCAUAAUCAGCAUAUCGACUGCAGUGUUGCUGAAUCUACUAACACAGAGAUUUCGGAGCAUAUUAAAGAAAACGGCGGCAUGUGCACAAGUUUCCAACCAGGCACAAACAGUAUUGGAAAAGCCUUCAGAACAACAUGAUUCUGGAGUAGAUGUGCGGCUGGCACCACGAAGUUACUCGGAGCCGGGUUUGCUGUUGAAUGAAUCUCAUGGUUUUGUCUCACGUUACCUUACAGACUUUGAGCCAAUACAGUGUCUAGGAAGAGGUGGCUUUGGAGUGGUUUUUGAAGCUAAGAAUAAGAUAGAUGACUGCCGAUAUGCUAUAAAGCGGAUAACACUUCCAGAUAACCACGAGUCACGGGAACGUGUGAUGCGCGAAGUGAAGGCACUUGCAAAACUUGACCACCACCACAUUGUUCGAUAUUUUAAUGCCUGGGUUGAGUGUCCCCCACCAGGCUGGCAGCAGCAACAUGACAGUGUAUUUGUUAGACCUCUUUUACAAGAUGCUACAUCUAUUGACCUUUCUCAGCUGAGCAAAGAUUUACACUCUACCUCAGAGUAUGCACGACUGUAUGGGCUACCCACAAAGACAAUGAAGACAGAUGCUCAAGAUAGCCGUUGUACGGCAUCUGAGAAUACCACCUCAGGUGUCAAUAUUUGCAGAUCAGCAAGUGACGAAGAUGAUUCAUUCAUUGUAUUUGAGGAUUCGAAGGAAAAACAGAAUGCAGAUGAGUUAUUAACUUCAUUUGACGAAGAAAUUAGUGAACAGGGACAAGGUGACAGCAUUAUCUCUGUAGGCUCAGACUAUGAUAGUAGUCAGACGAGCUGUGAUGUGACCUCAAAAAGACCAGCAUCACUAAACAUACGUGGAGAUGGCAGUAUCAUGGCCAGUCCAUCAACAUCUGUGUUCCUGUACAUCCAAAUGCAGCUAUGCCACCGUGAAAGCCUAAGGGAAUGGUUAUGUGAUAAUGUGUCGUCUAGAGAUCAGCAUAAAGUUCUUGUAAUGUUUGAACAGAUUGUGCAGGCAGUAGAAUAUGUUCACCUCCAAGGCCUUAUACACAGGGAUCUAAAGCCUUCAAACAUAUUCUUUUCAUUGAACGGCCAAAUAAAGGUUGGAGACUUUGGUCUUGUUACUGCAAUGGUAGAGAAUGUUACGGAGAAAAAAACGUUCCAUGACACCAUUCAACAAUCGUAUGAAAGAAGGCAUGAGAAGCACACUGCACAAGUCGGGACAGAGACAUAUAUGAGCCCAGAGCAGCUGAAAGGCCUCCCAUAUGAUUACAAAGUAGAUAUAUACUCCUUGGGUCUGAUAUUUUUUGAACUUCUGGUGCCAUUUGCAACACAGAUGGAAAGGCACAGGACAUUGAUGAAUUUGCGUGAAAAGAAAUUUCCAGCUGACUUCCAGAAGAAAUUUCAAGAUGAGUACACGCUGUUACGACUUAUGUUGUCCCACAUACCUGAAGAGCGACCAACAACGUUUGGAAUAAGGGCUCGGCCACCGCUUGUCAAGUUUUCAGAAGGAAGAUGGCCAACUAGUGGAGAUGAUGCCUUACAUUUCAGUUUACCUUCUCGGAUGAAAACUAAAUCAUUUUCUAAUAGUUCCAGUGUGGAGUCGUGGGAUGUUACCUAGUACUGUAGUAGUGUGUGGUCUGAAAAACUGUUAUUACGACUUCCUUAUUUAAAUGUUCUGCAAGUACUAGAUAAGCAAAACUGCUGUAAAUAGUGUAUAUAGACUUUUUGUAUAUAUUUUUGUAGGAAAAUAGCUGCCAAGAUUUUAGAAACUAUUUUACACAGAGGAAUUGUGCAAGGAAAUUGGAGAACUUUGCAUUGCAUAACCAAGUCAUAAUGUGCCUUCCCUCACUAUCAACAUUAUGAGAACAGUCUCAAAUGAUAUGGGCUAUGUCACAUUCGAUAAACAAGACUGUUUAGUUGUAUUCAGCUGGCCUGAGUUGUUUUACAUUCCAUUGUCAAUAAGUGCCAAAACAGCACUGCAGUUUGUGCAUCAGUAUUGUUGUGUAUUACUUUGUAUUACUUUUUGUUUAAUACUUACAGUUUUUGUAUUUGUGUGUGCAGCUGAGAAGCAGCAUCCUUUUCACUUAAAAUUCAUCUGCCAUGCUCCUGUAGGACAGAUAGAUACCACCAAAUACAACUGGUAGUUGUUUUGAAGUAAAAUAAUGCAUUCUAAAGCCAUCAGAUCAUUCCUGUCUAAGAUUUUGCUAAUUGCAAAAAGAGUGUGAAUGCCUCUUUUGCUCACUAUCUUACCGCCUUCAGAACAGUUGGAUAACAUAAAAGUUGAUUUUCACAGUUACCUAUCUUCUGUUUUUCCAUGCUUCAUUGAAUUAUAUUUUGUAUGGUUGCUAUAAUUUUCAUUUGGUGAAAGCAUACAGUCACAAUAAAUUAGAUGUUUUAGUACUUAAUAGCUGGAUUUGCUUCAGCACCAGCAAGCUUUAAGAACAAGUCAUUUCACUUAAACUAUCCUCUGACUGACACACACAUUGGUUUGUUCAAAAACAAAAAUUUUAUUGUUUUUUUUUAAUGAGUAAAUUAUUUUGAUGAUGUAUUGCAUCAAAUGCAGUGAAUAAAAUUUGGAUAAGUAAAUA